AUGCAAUCCGAAUACACUUUGCGAUGGCGAUACGUGAUGCAAUCCGAAUACACUUUGCGAUGGCGAUACGUGAUGCAAUCCGAAUACACUUGGAGAUGGCGAUACGUGAUACAAUCCGAAUACACUUGGCGAUGGCGAUACGUGAUGCAAUCCGAAUACACUUGGAGAUGGCGAUACGUGAUGCAAUCCGAAUACACUUGGAGAUGGCGAUACGUGAUGCAAUCCGAAUACACUUGGAGAUGGCGAUACGUGAUACAAUCCGAAUACACUUGGCGAUGGCGAUACGUGAUGCAAUUCGAAUACACUUGGAGAUGGCGAUACGUGAUGCAAUCCGAAUACACUUGGCGAUGGCGAUACGUGAUGCAAUCCGAAUACACUUGGCGAUGGCGAUACGUGAUACAAUCCGAAUACACUUGA